UGUUGGGCAGGUUGUCAACAUCAAAGCCAAAGUGAACCGAGCCUUUAACUCCAGCAUGGAGGUGGGCAUCCAGGUGAGCUACGAGGACCUGUGCAGCGGGAAGCACUGCAGCAUCUGCAAGGCUUACGCCACCUUCGUGGCGCAGGAUCCCUCCGGCAGCAAGGUGAAGCUGAAGCCGCUGACGCCGCAGACGGAGGAGGAGAAGCUCGAGCACAGCAUCGCGGCCGAGCGCCGCCGCAUGCGCCUGGCCCACAAGGACACCCUCAAGGACCUCCUCACCCGCUGCCCCCACGAAACCGAGCUGGAGACACGGGAUGGCAGCACAGCAGUGCCAGCAGAGAAGACACGGGUAGAGAGCGUGGAGCUGGUUCUUCCCCCACAUGCCAACCAUCAAGGCAACACCUUUGGUGGGCAGAUCAUGGCCUGGAUGGAGAAUGUGGCCACCCUCGCAGCCAGCCGGCUGUGCCACGCCCACCCUACGCUGCAGGCCAUCGAGAUGUUCCACUUUCGGGGACCAUCGCAGGUCGGGGACCGCCUGGUGCUCAAAGCCAUUGUCAACAACUCCUUCAAAAACAGCAUGGAGGUGGGGGUCUGCGCCGAGGCGUACGGCCAGGAGAUGUCCGUCAGCCGCAGGCACAUCAACAGCGCCUUCAUGACCUUCGUGGUGCUGGACCAGGAGGGCCGGCCCCGCACCCUGCCCAUGGUGGCACCCGAGCCGGGGGAGGGAGAGAGGAGGUACAGAGAAGCCAGUGCUAGGAAAAAGAUUCGGCUGGACCGGUGAGCGGAGAAAGCGAGUGCCGCCUCCUGCAAGCAGACCGAGGUGCCGCUCUCUGUGCCCUGGGACCAAAGCAACAAGGUUUAUCUGAGCUACAACAACGUCUCUGCACUGAAGAUGCUGGUAGCCAAAGCCAACUGGGCGCUUGCCAGAGAAAAGGAAAAGGUGCGGAUGUACACGCUGGAGGAGGACAAGUUCCUCUCCUUCCGCAUCGAGAUGUCGGUCCACAUCUCUGCUGGCCAAGCCUUCUCCCUGCUCUCCGACCUGCGGCGCCGGCACGAGUGGGACAGACACUACGCGUGAGAGCGCCGAGCUCGUCCAGUCGACGACGACGACAUGAUCUACCACGUGGUGAGCCAGAAGCUCAGCUGCGAGAACAAGCCGCAGGACUUCGUCAUCCUGGCGUCCCGACGGAAGCCCUGCAGCAAGNGGGACCCCUACGUGGUGGCCUUUCGGUCGGUGACGCUGCCCACCCACCCCGCCAGCCCCAGCUUCACGCGAGGGGAGACGCUUUGCUCCGGCUUCUGCAUCUGGCCGGAGUCGGAGGAGACGAGCAAGGUGGCCAGCCAAGGGGAGGAGGAGGAGGAGGAGGACUAA